CCAGAUAAGCGCCGCCCACCCUCCUCUCCGCGCGGUGGCUGAGAGUUAGGUUGCGCGGAGGGGCUGCAGUUUCAGUUUGUUUUAUUCACCAUUUUGUGAAGCUCAAGCUAAAAUAAUAAAGUAAAAAAACGAAGAAGCGCACUGCAGGUUUUUUCCCCCUCACCCGGGUUUUUAUUUACUUUUGCGAUUUCGGGGUUAAAAAAAAACAAAAACGAGGGGGCGUUGGUGUUUCAUUUAUGCGACGUUACAUUUAGUCAUUUGGUGAUUAGCUGUUGUGUGUUUGGGGUUCUUUUUUUUCCUUUUUUUUUUUUUUUUUUUUUUUUAAUUUUUCUCCUUUUUUCCUUUUUUUUAUAAAAAAACGAAAGGAAAAAUCCUCUCCACGGUGUUCCUGCAGAAAUGUCCCGGCCAGUGAGGAACAGAAAGGUGGUGAAUUAUUCACAGUUCAACGAAUCUGAUGAAGCAGAUGAGUAUGAACAGAACAAGGACAAGCCCAAGAAGGUGCGUGCAGCACCGCGGGAAAUCAAGCACAAGAAGUCCAAGAACUCUCAGGAGGAAAGUGAUGACUCGGAUGACAAACUCUCCAAACCUAAGAACGAUUCAGCAGAUGAUUUCGGCAGCGACGAAGGCAACGACUUCGGGGAGGAACAGGAGGAGGAAGACGGAGGAAGCGAUUAUGAAGCCAAAAAGGGGAAGAAAGGAAAGAAGGGCAAAGUGGAGAAGCCUAGCAGUAGAAGACCACUGAAGAGAAAACGGGAUUCUGCAGAUGAGAGCGAUGAGGAUAAGGUGAGCCGGAAGCCCAGGCAGGUGAGACAAGCCGCCUCCAAGGCUGCGUCUAAACAGAGAGAGAUCCUGCUUGGGGACAAAGGCAGUGAGGAUGAGGAUAAAGAUGAAGAUGAGCACACCUUCGUGGAUCAGUCCGGGAGCGAUGAGGACUUCAUGGUGGACGACGAUGACGACAGCGACUAUGGGCAGUCCAAAAAGAAGGGCAAGAAAGUGAGCCUGAGAGGACGCAAGGUGGAGAAGAAGGAGAAGAAAUCCCCGAAACCCAGACUAAAGGCCACAGUUACCCCGAGCCCCAUGAAAGGAAAGGGCAAAGGUCGCCCGAGUGCGGCGAAGGCCCUGGGGAAAUCCUCGCCCAAAGAGGAGGAGGAGCCCGACAGCCCGCCCGAGGACGAGGAUGAGGAGGACGAAGUGGAGAAGAAGAGCUCGCCGCCACCAUCCGCCAAGAAGAAGAAAAACACCCCUGACGAAGAGGAAGAUGAAGAAGAGGAAGACGGUUCAGAAGAAGAUGCGCCGUCCGGGGAGGAUUAGUCGCCUCGCUUCUCGUUCGCGCUCUUUCCUCUUUUUUUUCUUUUUUUUUCUGUCGCUUUUUUCCCUCCGUUUGGAGUUUUUUUUUUUUUUUUUUUAUUUCUCUGUGGUGACCUGGCUUUUUAAAACAUACACUUUCUGUAUCACCAAAACCCCUAUUUCCCCAGUGUGUGUGUGUGUGUGUGUGUGUGUGGGAUUUUGUUUUGUUUUAUUUAUAGGUUAGAACUAUUAGGAAAGCUCCUCCACUGCUCAUGGGCUGCUGCUUGGACGGUUUUUCCAGAGUUCUUUGAUCAUCUCCAUAUACUUCCUGGUGUUUCCAUAGUUUUUCCUGUUCCAACAUGCGCCACCCAACCCCAUUGUACCAUUUUAGGAUUGAUUGACAGCUUCUGUAAGCCACACCCCUUUAUCUAUGUUUGAUAUUAGUAAUUUUUUACUGUGAUUUCCUCACUCACACACACACACACACACACACACCCCAACACCCUGAAAAUCAAUAUUAAAUCUUUCCUCAUAAUAACCACCUCGUGUUUACUGACAUGGGUUGCCAGAUCACCCAGAAUCCUAGCCUUUACCAGUUAAUUACACACUGAACCAAUCUAACAUUAUCUGGACAGUCUAAUCCUCUCCAAAUCGGACCAAUUUCAGUGUAAUGAAAACUAAAAUGUUUUUAAAAUUAAUUACCCAGGAUUUUUUUUUUAUAAAUCAUUGAAACUGUGAGUGAAGUCGAAACACUGCU